AGGGCGGCGCCGGCGGCACCGGUGUCACCAGCGGCACCAGCGUCCCCAUCAGCCUCACCCAUCACCAUCGUCACCAUCAUCACCAUUGUCACCAGCAUCACCAUCGUCACCAUCGUCACCAUUGCCACCAUCGUCGCCAUAGUCACCAUCGUCACCAGCAUCACCAUCAUCACCAUUAUCACCAGCAUCACCAUCGUCCCCAUCAUCCCCAUCGUCCCCAUCGUCACCAUCGUCCCCAUCGUCACCAUCAUCCCCAUCGUCACCAGCGUCACCAUCAUCACCAUUGUCACCAGCAUCACCAUCGUCCCCAUCAUCACCAUCGUCCCCAUCGUCACCAUCAUCCCCAUCGUCACCAUCGUCCCCAUUGUCACCAUCAUCACCAUUGUCGCCAUCACCAUUAUCACCAUCAUCACGUCCCCAUUGUCCCCAUCACCCCCAUCGUCCCCAUCGUCACCGUCGUCACCAUCGUCACCAUCGUCACCAUUGCCACCAUCGUCACCAUCGUCCCCAUCGUCACCAUCAUUCACCAUCGUCACCAUUGUCACCAUCGUCCCCAUCGUCACCAUCAUCCCCAUCGUCACCAUCAUCACCAUUGUCACCAUCAUCCCCAUCGUCCCCAUCGUCACCAUCAUCACCAUUGUCACCAUCGUCCCCAUCAUCACCAUCGUCACCAUUGUCCCCAUCGUCACCAGCGUCACCAGCGUCACCAUCAUCACCAUUGUCCCCAUCAUCCCCAUCGUCACCAUCGUCACCAUCAUCACCAUCGUCCCCAUCGUCACCAUUGUCCCCAUCGUCACCAUCAUCACCAUUGUCACCAGUGUCACCACCAUCGCCAUCGUCCCCACCCCAUCCCCAUCCACCAUCAUCCCCAUCAUCACCAUCAUAACCAUUGUCACCAUCAUCCCCAUCGUCACCAUUGUCACCAUCAUCACCAUCGUCAUCACCAUCGUCCCCAUCAUCCUCAUCAACCCCAUCCCAUCCCCAUUGUCAUCACCAUCCCCAUCAUCACCAUCGUCCCCAUUGUCACCAUUGUCCCCAUCAUCACCAUCAUUAUCACCAUCAUCACCAUUCCCCAUUGUCAUCACCAUCCCCAUUGUCUCCAUCAUCACCAUCGUCGCCAUCACCAUUAUCACCAUCAUCACCAUCGUCACCAUCGUCACCAUCGUCCCCAUCGUCCCCAUCGUCACCAUCGUCACCAGCGUCACCAUCGUCCCCAUUGUCACCAUCAUCACCAUCACCAUCGUCACCAUCAUCACCAUCAUUCCCAUCGUCACCAUCGUCACUAGCGUCACCAUUGUCCCCAUCAUCCCCAUCGUCACCAUCGUCCCCAUCGUCACCAUCGUCACCAGCGUCACCAUCGUCCCCAUUGUCACCAUCAUCACCAUUGUCGCCAUCACCAUUAUCACCAUCAUCACCAUCAUUCCCAUCGUCACCAUCAUCACCAGCGUCCCCAUUGUCCCCAUCAUCCCCAUCGUCACCAUCGUCACCAUCAUCACCAGCGUCACCAUCGUCCCCAUUGUCCCCAUCAUCCCCAUCGUCCCCAUCGUCCCCAUCGUCACCAGCGUCACCAGCGUCCCCAUUGUCACCAUCAUCACCAUCAUCACCAUCAUCACCAUCGUCACCUCACCGUCAUCCCCAUCCGUCACCAGCGUCCCCAUUGUCACCAUCAUCACCAUCAUCACCAUCAUCACCAUCGUCACCAUUGUCCCCAGCGUCCCCGCCGUCCCCAUCCCU